AUGAGGAAGCCUCGCCAGAAGUCACGGCAGAAUGCCGAGGGCCGGCGCUCCCCAUCCCCCUACAGUCUCAAGUGCUCACCUACUCGGGAGACCCUGACAUAUGCCCAGGCCCAACGAAUUGUUGAGGUGGACAUUGAUGGACGCCUGCAUCGUAUCAGUAUCUAUGACCCACUCAAGAUCAUCACGGAGGAUGAGCUGACUGCCCAGGAUAUCACUGAAUGUAAUAGUAACAAGGAAAACAGCGAGCAGCCUCAGUUCCCUGGCAAGUCCAAAAAACCCUCGUCCAAGGGCAAGAAGAAAGAAUCCUGCUCCAAGCAUGCAUCCGGCACUUCCUUCCACCUCCCGCAGCCCAGCUUCCGCGUGGUGGACUCAGGCAGUCAGCCAGAAGCACCCCCUUUGCCUGCUGCCUACUACCGCUACAUUGAGAAAUCGCCUGAAGACCUGGAUGCAGAGGUAGAGUAUGACAUGGAUGAGGAGGACCUUGCCUGGCUGGACAUGGUGAAUGAGAAGCGGCGAACAGAUGGGCACAGUUCGGUGUCGGCAGACACCUUUGAGCUGCUGGUAGACCGGCUUGAGAAGGAGUCAUACUUGGAGAGUCGCAGCAGUGGGGCCCAACAGUCACUCAUUGACGAAGACGCCUUCUGCUGUGUGUGCCUGGAUGACGAAUGCCACAAUAGCAACGUCAUUCUCUUCUGUGACAUCUGCAACCUGGCUGUACACCAGGAGUGCUACGGGGUCCCCUACAUCCCCGAGGGUCAGUGGCUAUGCCGCUGCUGCCUGCAGUCUCCCUCCCGGCCUGUGGAUUGUGUCCUCUGCCCCAAUAAAGGUGGCGCCUUCAAACAGACCAGCGAUGGGCACUGGGCCCACGUGGUGUGUGCUAUCUGGAUCCCUGAAGUGUGCUUUGCUAACACCGUGUUCCUGGAGCCCAUCGAGGGCAUUGACAACAUCCCACCUGCCCGCUGGAAACUGACCUGCUAUAUCUGCAAGCAGAAGGGGCUGGGUGCCUCCAUCCAGUGCCAAAAGGUGAACUGCUACACAGCCUUCCAUGUGACGUGUGCACAGCGGGCCGGGCUCUUCAUGAAGAUUGAGCCCAUGCGCGAAACCAGCCUAAAUGGCACCACUUUCUCAGUGCGCAAGACUGCCUACUGUGAGGCCCACUCACCCCCGGGUGCUGCCACUGCGAGGAGGAAGGGUGUCUCCCCUGGAAGUCUUAGUGAACCUGGGAAUGAGGAAGGGCUGAAGGAAGGCAAUGGGGAGGAGGAAGACAAAGAAGAAGUGGAAGAGGAGGAAGAUGAAGGCCAAGGUGUAGUAGGUGGCCCCCUCAAAGGAGUGUCUAAGAAGAACAAGAUGACUUUGAAGCAAAAAAUCAAGAAGGAUCCAGAGGAAGUAGGUCGAGACAUGCCCUCCGUUGUCCCCUUGGUCACCGUCCCACAGAUACCCUCUUACAGGUUGAACAAGAUCUGUAGUGGUCUCUCCUUUCAGAGGAAAAACCAGUUCAUGCAGCGGCUUCACAACUAUUGGCUGUUGAAGCGGCAGGCACGGAACGGUGUACCCCUCAUUCGGCGCCUGCAUUCCCACCUGCAGUCCCAAAGAAAUGCCGAGCAGCGAGAGCAGGACGAGAAAACAAGCGCCGUGAAGGAAGAGCUGAAAUACUGGCAGAAGUUGCGGCACGACUUGGAGCGAGCCCGGCUGCUCAUCGAGCUGAUUCGGAAAAGAGAGAAGCUCAAGCGGGAGCAGAUCAAGGUCCAGCAGGCUGCCAUGGAGCUAGAGCUGAUGCCAUUCAACGUUUUGCUGAGGACAACCCUGGACUUGCUGCAGGAGAAGGAUCCCGCGCACAUCUUUGCCGAACCCGUCAGCCUGAGUGAGGUUCCAGAUUACCUGGAAUUCAUAUCCAAGCCAAUGGAUUUUUCUACUAUGAGGCGGAAGCUGGAAUCCCAUCUGUACCACACCUUGGAGGAGUUUGAGGAGGACUUUAACCUUAUAGUUUCCAACUGCAUGAAGUAUAAUGCUAAAGACACAAUUUUCCACCGAGCAGCUGUCCGCCUGCGGGACCUGGGAGGGGCCAUCCUGCGGCACGCCCGGAGGCAGGCAGAGAACAUCGGCUAUGACCCCGAGAGGGGCACACACCUGCCCGAGUCACCCAAAUUGGGGGACUUCUAUCGCUUUUCCUGGGAAGACGUGGACAACAUCCUCAUCCCAGAGAACCGAGCCCAUAUGUCCACGGAGGUGCAGCUGAAGGAGCUGCUAGAGAAACUGGACCUGGUGAGUGCCAUGCGGUCCAGUGGGGCCCGGACCCGCCGCGUCCGCAUGCUGCGCCGGGAGAUCAAUGCUCUUCGGCAGAAGCUGGCACAGCCACCGCCACCACAGCCGCCCUCACUGAACAAGACUGUGUCCCAUGAGGAGCUUCUGGCAGGGCCCCAGGGAGAUGUGGCUGCGCAGGCCCUGCAGGAGGAACCGGAAGACGAUGGCGACAGAGAUGACUCCAAACUGCCUCCCCCACCAACCCUGGAGCCUACUGGGCCUGCACCUUCCUUGUCUGAGCAAGAAUCCCCUCCAGAUCCCCCCACUCUAAAACCUAUUAGUGAUAACAAACCUCCAAGCCGAUUCCUAAAACCCAGAAAGGUGGAAGAAAAUGAGCUUUUGCGAAAAUCACCUCUGCAGCUAGGGAACGAGCCGUUUCAAGACCUGCUCAGUGAUGGUGGCAUCAACAGACUGACCCUCAUGGCCUCCGAUGACCCUGACGAUGCCCCGCUCAGUAAUGUGGGCCGCCACACCUCAGUCCUCUUUAAGAAGGCCAAGAAUGGGGCUAAGCUGCAGAGGAGCCCAGAUGGGGCCCUGGAGAAUGGCGAGGACCAUGAUGCAGCGGGCUCUCCUGCCUCUCCUGGCAGCAUUGAGGAUGAGCAGCACUCCCGGAAGCGGCCAAGGAGCAGGAGCUGUAGUGAGAGUGACGGGGAGAGGACCUCCCAGCAGGAGGAAGAAACAGGUGUGACCAACGGCUUCGGGAAACACGCGGAAAGCGGGUCUGACUCAGAAUGCAGUUUGGGUCCCAGUGGUGGACUGGCAUUUGAAGCUUGCAGUGGUCUGGUGCCCCCCAAACGCAGCCGUGGGAAGCCAGCCUUGUCUCGAGUGCCCUUCCUGGACAGUGUGAACGGAGACUCUGACUACAGCAGCUCAGGCAGAAGCCUCCUGAUGCCCUUUGAAGACCGUGGAGACCUGGAGCCCCUGGAGCUGGUGUGGGCCAAGUGCCGAGGCUAUCCCUCCUACCCUGCCUUGAUCAUCGAUCCCCAGAUGCCCCGGGACGGCCUCCUGCACAAUGGUGUCCCCAUCCCUGUCCCCCCACUGGAUGUGCUGAAGCUGGGGGAGCAGAAACAGGCCGAGGCUGGAGAGAAGCUCUUCCUUGUCCUCUUUUUUGACAACAAGCGCACCUGGCAGUGGCUUCCGAGAGACAAAGUCCUGCCCCUGGGCGUGGAGGACACCGUGGACAAGCUCAAGAUGCUGGAAGGUCGCAAGACUAGCAUCCGCAAGUCGGUGCAGGUGGCCUACGACCGAGCAAUGAUCCACCUGAGCCGUGUCCGCGGGCCCCACUCCUUCGUCCCCUCCAGCUACCUGUAA